AUGAAGAUAAGUAUGCCCCUAAGAAUGGUAGGAAAAACGUAUAGCGAUGCAAUUAACGCUUUGAACUCUUUACAAUCGAACUAUGCCAACAUUAUGGCAAUCAGAGAGUCUGGAAUUCGUAAGAAUGAGAUGGCUCUUUUAGAAAUGGUAGAGUGGACUAGAAGGAUUGGUUACUCUACAUCAGACUUUAAUAAAUUGAAUAUAGUUCACAUCACUGGGACGAAAGGCAAAGGGUCAACUGCAGCUUUUACAAAUUCGAUACUAGGUCAAUAUAAAGAACAAUUACCUAAAAUAGGUUUGUAUACAUCUCCACAUUUGAAAACUGUGAGGGAAAGAAUAAGAAUUAAUGGUAAGCCCUUAUCUGAAGAAAAAUUUACCAAAUAUUUUUAUGAAAUCUGGAACAAAUUAGAUAAAUCUUCAUCACCUUUGGAUAAAUUUCCUCAUAUGACUCCUGGAUCCAUGCCAGGCUAUUUCAAAUUCUUGACGUUAUUAUCUUUUCAUACAUUCUUACAAGAAGGUUGUAAAAGUUGUGUUUAUGAAGUUGGUAUUGGCGGUGAAUAUGAUAGUACAAAUAUUAUUGAAAAACCAGUAGCAUGUGGCGUUUCUUUACUAGGAAUUGAUCAUACAUUUAUGCUAGGUGACACUAUAGAAGAGAUAGCCUGGAAUAAAGGUGGAAUCUUUAAACACCACGUUCCAGCUUUCACUAUUGAGAACCAACCAGCAGCAGGUAUGAAGGUGCUGAAAGAGCGUGCAAGAGAACGUGAUACAAUAGUUACUACAGUUCCGAUUUUUGAUGCAUUGGAUAAAAUUGAAUUAGGGAUCGCAGGUAGUUUCCAAAAGACAAAUGCGUCGUUAGCAGUUGCCUUAGCCUCACAAGCCCUAACCUCUAUGGAAGUAUUGGAAAACCCCCUGGGUACUACUGAAAAUACAUCACUACCCAAAGAAUUCUUGAGUGGGCUAAAAAACACAUUAUGGGAAGGACGCUGUCAAACUAUAGAUCGUGGUAAUAAUACAUGGUAUUUAGAUGGUGCGCAUACUAAAGAUAGUAUAGAAGCUGCAUCAACAUGGUUCAGUGAUGUAGUGAAGGACUCACAGAAACCUAAAGUUUUAUUAUUUAACCAACAAAGUAGGGAUGCUAAUGCUUUAAUACAUUUCAUGAACGGGAAAAUAGCCCCAGAGGUUCGUUUUGAUUAUGUUGUCUUCACAACAAAUGUAACAUGGGAUUCUGGUAGUUACAGUGUCGAUCUAGUAUCUAUGAAUACAUGUAAAGAAGAUGUAGAUGAAUUAAAGGUCCAAAAAUCUAUAGCUAAGGAAUGGACUAAAAUUGAUAAUGAUUCAAAAGUAUUCGUUUCCCCAAAUAUCGAACAUGCCACUAAUCUAAUUGAAGGUUUAUGUGAUGAAUCCUUAGAUAUAUACGUAUGUGGUUCACUUCAUUUAGUGGGUGGAUUAUUAGUAGUAUUUGACGGGAAAUGA